GUAAGCCAUCCUUUUGCUGUGAAACAACGAGGCAAGCUGAAGCCACUGGAUGACAUCUGAUGAAGCAAGUGUUCAAGGGAUGUCGGAGAGAUGGCAAGCUCGUGACCUCUGUGCGCGUAGUGCGCCCAGCAUGCUGAAAAUGUGAGAUUGCAGUGUCACCCCUCUUUCUCUGCUAUUAAGAAAUGUCGAGGGACGGCGUUUUGUCAAGAGUGAAGGGACAGUUUUACAGAAAAUCUAUCAAUAGUUCCCGAGCACCGCGCAAUUGACAUGUGAAAGAGAGGGUGUUGCCUUUGCUGCCAGUGCACUGACUUGCAACGUCCAUGCGCGUUUGCUUAGUGGACAGCUCCGGAGAGAGAGAGCAGAGAGGGUUUAGAGAAGCAGGUGUGCGAUUUCAUUCGGAAAUUCCGUCGGUUAAAGGCUUGGUAUAAGCUGUCUGUUUCCAGUCUCAGAUGUGAACGGACUUUAAUUCGGAAAGCAGCCUACAGCAGUCUUUAUCUGGACGGGAUUGUACAGCGUUGCAGUAUUUUUUCUGACCCGAUGUUAUCUUUGAGGAACAGAAGGGACUAGGAUCUGGAGCUGAAGCCUGAGGAAGACUGGAGAGGUCUCUGGAACAGUGAACCAAGAAAAGAGUGUCAAUAAGAAAGAAAGAGGGUCUUUGGACAUUUAGCUCACCGAUGCCCAUCUCUACCUGACCCGGCUCCUGUCUUUAGAGUUUAUGACGGAAAGUGUAUCCAACUACGGUCGAACUGCAAGGAGUGCCCUUCAACAUGAAUACAGAUAGCGGAGGGUGUGCUCGCGCUGCCUUGUCACUCACCCUCUCACCCAUGAAGAGGGUACAGAGCUCACCGAAUCUGGCCACAGGCAGUGAGUCUCACUCGUCUGAUUCAGAUGCCUGGAGGUCACGGAGCGUCACUGAUGGCCUGAGGAACGGAGACGCCAGCAGCUCCUCUCUGGCUGCCAAGGGCUUUCGCAGCGUCAGGCCCAACCUGCAGGACAAGAAGUCCCCCUCACAGGUUCCUCUCCCACCCCCCAGGAGAGACAGCUACCAGUUCCCCCUUGCCGGUCUCUGCCCCCCCUCCUACAGUUCUCUCUCCUCUCUGGCCGAGGUGUUUGGGACAGACUCUGGGUCCUUGGCCUCAGCCCACAAGGAGCAGGCCAUCCUGAAGGAAUCCUAUGCCAUUAACAGCUCUUCCUGUUUCUCCUACUCCAAGAGCACCACCACCACCACCUCCUCCUCCUCCAUCCCCCCGUCCAAUCCUCACCCACAGAGCCCUCCUCUUAACCUGCCCUCCCUCACCAACGACAUCGGUGAAUGUCGAGUCAACGCCACCUCCACUCACGCUUCCUCCACCCAGGCUGGACGGAAGGUGUCCUCCCUCAAGCUGACCCCAGUUACCAUCCCCAACCCCCCCGACCACCUCCACCCCCAGCCCAAGGCCCAAGGACCGGCCUCCCCUCCCCCCCCAACCCCUCCCCCCCGUAAGGAGUCAAAAGGCCCCCAGGUCCAGGGUCACACUGCCUCUGUCUCCAUCCAGAUGAGCCCCCAGUCUCCUGAUCCCAAACCUCCUGCCCUGACACCUGAGGCACCAACCCCAACUCCAGCCCAAGUCUCUGCCCCAGCCCCCACCCUAGCCUCUGCCCCAGCUCUGGCCUUUACCCUGGCCCCAGCCUCUGCCCCAGCCCUAAUCUCAGCUCCAGGUCAAGCCGUAGGUGACAUCAAGGUGGUGAAGACUCCUCCUCCAGUCCCACCAAGACCGGCCCCAGCAGAUGUGUUGAGCCCUCCCUCCCCUGACCCCGCCUCCCGCCGCUCCCCCUACCACCGCCACAGCUACGACUCCCUAGACUACCUGGCCGGCCUGAUGCCCAAGGCCCUGUCGCCUACCCCCUACGCCCCGUCGGAGCGUGGCAUUGCCACCGGCACGGGCACGGGCCGUGGGGGGGCGGGGAUGAACGCAGGCGGCGCGGUUAGCGGGCUGCCAUCGCCCUCGGCCUCGCCGGUGACGGUGUCGGCGCUUAGCCACUACUCGUCGUCCACGGCGGGCCUCCUGGAGGAGCUGCAGAUCUGUGGCCUGGACUCCCCCGGCGCCUCGCCCACGCCCUCGCCCACCCUCAGCCACGCCUCCACCGCUGGCACAGAUGAUGCUCUAACAUCCGCCGCAGUGACUAACGGUCAAGCAGCCAUGAAUGGAAGCUCCGCCCCCCCGCAGAGACCUCUCUCCCCCCCGGGUUACCCCCCUCCCCCUACCUCCCUCAGCCCUGGGGUGCACAUCCACCAGAGCUCAGAGGGCAGUGUGUCAGUGAUGAGGGAGUCGCUGGUGUCAGGCCACAGCAGUGUGAGCAGCACGCUGCCCAUCGCCCGUUUCACCGAGGAGGAGAAGAGGGUGUCGGUCAUCAAGGCUCCGCACUAUGAGGGCAUCGGCCCCGUGGACGAGACUGGCAUCCCCAUCGCCAUCCGCACGACUGUGGAUAGGCCAAAGGACUGGUACAAGACCAUGUUCAAGCAGAUCCACAUGGUGCACAAAGCAGAUGAUGACUAUGCAGACACGUACAACGCCGCGUAUGCCGUCAUAAACAAUGACUCCUAUGGCGUGCCCAGAGACCCCACCAUGGCCCACCCUCCCCCCAGGACCCACACGUACCGGCCCCUAGCCAAGAGCCCCUCAGACAACGGGGGGCCCCUGGGGUCUCACCGGGAGCCGUCGCCCUCCCCCGUGCCCCCGCCGCCCCCGCCCAUGCCCUCCCUCCUGCAGCUGAGGACCCGAGACAGCGACCGGGAACGCGAGUCGCCCGACACGAACCAGUGGGGUCCUCCCGACAGGAAAGUGGACACCAGGAAGUACCGAGCCGAGCCCAAGAGCAUCUUCGAGUAUGAGCCGGGGAAGUCCUCCAUCCUGGAGCAAGAGAGGCCGAUAUAUGUGUUAAACCCAGAUGAUAUAGAUCUAGAAAACGAGCCUUGGUAUAAGUUCUUUUCUGAGCUGGAGUUUGGUCGUCCGCCUCCUAAAAAAAGACUGGAUUAUAAUCCAGACAGCUCAGCUCGCCGAUUCACUGAGACCUCCCUGCACAUUGCCCCGGCCGACAGGGCCCCCGACAGGCCAGCCAGCGCUGCCAGCGACUACAGGAAGAGGAGGAAGUCGGAGCCAUCAGUGAGCCAGCCCAACGCCCCGCCAGGGGUGGACCAGAGCCAGGGUCCGGCCUCCCUGAAACCCCUGGACCCCUACAGAGCCAGCAGCACCCUGAGAAAACCUGUCAUCCGCUCCUCCCCCUCCUCCCCCUCAAAAGCCAAAGGUGGGGAUGCAUGUGACACGUUCUCCCCCAGUCUGAGCUCCCCAGGGCCGUACCUGCGCCCCUCUCCGUCCCCCGUGCACUCCGACCGAGGCCACGCCCUCACAGGGGGCGACCCCUCCUUCAAGCACGCCGCCUGCUUUAAGAUUGGCUGGCAGACACAGCACCAAGACCCCGACACGUGGAGCAGCGUGGAGGAGCCGCCCGCCACGCCAGGAAAGAUGAAGUCUCGCAGCUGCGACGACCUGCUCAACGACGGGCCGGCGGGCGCCGACGGACACAGUGCCCUCCGCUCCGAGAGCGCCGGGUCGCUGGUGUGCGACGGAGACCCAGCGUCCGGGCAAACGGGCUCCGCCUCCUCUUUGCCCCGCCCUCAUCGCCGGCGGGCGCACGACGCCCCGGGCUUCCUCCAGCUGUACCGCAAGAUGCAUCACAUCGACCGCGCCCAGCUGAUCCCCUCGGAGGUCAUCCGCUCGGUCCGCGCCCGCAUCCUGGACCUGGAGCGCCAGCCGCACCUCCACCGCCACCGCUUCUCGCCCUGGACGCCGUCCUGGGGCGUGGAAGUGCCGCGCGACGUGGUGCCCACCCGCAUCUCCGAGUACGAGACCCUCAUCCAAAAGUCCAAAUCCAUGCCCAACCUGGGCGACAGCGAGGCGCCCUCGGGCGCCACCACGCCGGGCGGCUCCUCGUCCCGGGCCAGCAGCAGCGGGGUGGGCACGCCUGGGUGCCCCAAACGCCGCUUCUCCAUCGAGUCUCUCCUGGAGGAGGACAACAACAACGGUGCCCCCCACCCACACGCCGCGGACCGGCCCCGCCACCAGCGAGCACGGAGCCCGCCGGAAGGCCAGCAGCGUUCCGAGCCGCACCCCGGACGAGGCUUCCCCACCCCACACCUCCGCCACGCCCUCCCGUCCUCCGGCCCCCGCGGCAACAACCACCCCGAGUACUCGGACAGCGAGCAGGACGCGGCGGCCUCCGAACUCAGCGACUUCAUCCAAGUGGAGGGCUCGUCCUUUUGCAGCGAGAGCGACUUCGACCAUUGCUCCCUCACCUCCUCCGAGAGCCUGUAUGGCUCGUCCACGCUCCACCACCACCACCUCCGACACCCCCACCCUAGCCACCACCACCACCCCAGCCCCAGCCUGGGCCAGACCCAGGGCUACCAGCACCGGCAUCUCAUCAGCUCCUGUAAGGGCCGCUGCCCGGCGUCUUACACCCGCUUCACCACCAUGCUGCGCCACGAGAGGGAGCGCGCUCGCCAGGAACGGGCCAGACCCCCUCAGCCUGGCCGUGGCGGCGCAGGAGGGGGGAGUGGCAGCAGCGGCCCCCACCGGCACCCGCAGAGCUCGGGGGCCCAGGGCCAGCAGAGCAUGUCCAAACUGGCCUUCCUGGUCAGCCCUGUGCCUUUCCGCAGGAAAAAAGGCUCCCCCCCCACCUCCGGGCGGAGCGGCACUGGGGGCCGCGGGGGCGGCCGGCCCAAGACCAAAGAGGCCAUCUACGAAGCACUGGACGCUGCCCUGAGGGACAUCUACGAGCACAUCCAGAGGGAGAGGGGCCACGGCAGCACCAGGCUAGCGGACGACAGCAUCCUGCGAAGGCUCCUGGCCGAGCUGCUGCCGGACGUGCCGGAGAGAAGCUCCUCGCUGCGGGGGAGGAGCCGGCAGGGGGGGCCCUCCUCCAUGUCGUCCUACCAGGACGGAAGCCCCACUGGGGGCUAUGGCUCCUAUAAAGCCGACGCCUCCACGCCGAGGCUGCAGUCCCCGCUCAGUGCCUGUUACGACUGCCAUGCCGACGCCUCCAAUAACAAUGACAAUGCUGAAGAGCAGGGCAAUGGGCAUGCUCACUGCUACGCAGGUGGAACACACACACACACCCCCACCAGCUACAACCCUCCACUGCAUCCCUGGCCUCUCCAGUACCACCUCCCCCCGUCCUCAUUGAUCCAUCAGUGUGCACUUGUGAACUGUGCUGUGACUCCUGUUUAUAGAACCAAACAACUCUACCCACUUGACCAGGAUGCCUCCAGGGGGUACUCAACCAUGGAUGGGGGUGGCCACACCCCUCAGAACAGAAGAUCCACUCCUGACAGAGAGGUCUCCCAUAAGCAGAUGACACAACUCAUUCUCUUGUCUCUCCUCCAUCAGAAGCAGCCGGCCAGAGCCAUUUAUGAUUUUAAGGCCCAAACAGCUAAGGAGCUGAACUUUAAGAAGGGCGAUGCGGUGAAAAUCAUCCGUCAGAUCGACAGUAACUGGUACGAGGGAGAGCAUCGCGGACGAGUGGGGAUAUUCCCCAUCUCCUACGUCGAGAAGAUGCCGUCCACAGAGAAGCAGCAGCCGGUCAGGCCUCCUCCUCCAGCACACGUCAGAGAGAUAGGAGAGGCGGUGGCACGCUACAACUUCAACGCUGACACUAAUGUGGAGCUGUCUCUCCGAAAGGGUGAGAAGGUGAUUCUGCUGAGGCAGGUGGACCAGAACUGGUACGAGGGGAAGAUCCCAGACACUAACAAGCAAGGCAUCUUCCCAGUCUCCUAUGUAGACAUCCUCAAACGCUCCCCUGCCAAGAGCUCCACCCACAGUUCCCCAGGCAACAGAACACAGGGCUCCACACCCACCAAGCGUUUUGUGCAGGAUGCCUAUCACAGUGGAGGAGACCCGUUCCAGGCCCUGUACAACUACACGCCCCGCAACGAGGACGAGCUGGAGCUGAGAGAAGGAGACGUGGUCGACGUGAUGGAGAAGUGUGACGACGGCUGGUUUGUUGGGACUUCUCGAUGGAGCAAGCUGUUUGGCACCUUCCCAGGAAAUUAUGUGAAGCAGCUAUAAUGAAGAGGUUUUUACCCCUGCCCUCCACGAGACCCACAUAAAUCUGUCAGAUAUUACUGUAGUAGGGACAAACAACGCCCCACCCCCGCCCCCCCACCCCUCCCACACACACACAUACACACACACACACACACAUACAGCCUGCUGGUUUCACAUGGAAGGAUUCUGAGCUCUAACUAGCCAUCUUUACAGGACGUAAAUGUAUUCAUCAUGCAGUUACUUAUUUUUAUCACUGCAGCUUUUGUAUUCCAACCAGUGACCUUUAACUUUAGGAUUUAUGGGGGGGUGUAAAAUGAAGAUGGCCGAGCAGUGUCUGCAAAACAAUUGGACAGUGUACUUAUGAAGCAAUCAUGAAGAAAGGGUCUAUCCUUCUAAGUUGUUACAUCCUCUUCAUCAAUUCAUUGAUUGAAAAGGGAUUGUAUGGUUUCCCCUCACAGGCAAUAACUAUACGUUUGUUCUGACUGUCACUGUAAGUUCUGUUCUGCACUGGAGGGUGAAGAUGACACUCAAAGGCUGCCGUGAUGCCAUCUUGCCAGUAUCAUAGUCCUACACGUCACACAAAUAUUUCUAAAAAGUGUAUUUACUCUUGAAUAGGGAAGUAUUGGACAAAGUGUCUGUACAACAGGUCAUUGUCCUUAUUUUAGUUUAUCUGACACUGUUACAGUAGGUGGAUUUAGAUAAGGAAGCUAGCGAGACAACACGAUCAAAAAUCUCCCUACAUGUGUGAGAAUCACCUUGGAUAGUGAGUAAGAGAAGAGAGAUAUUCACACCACCGUCACAAACUUGCAGCCAUUCCCUAAGAAAGAAGACUCAUGGGGAUGGAUAUAGAUAUCAUGGUCAAUUCAUAAGGAAAUUGUUCGAGGGAUGUUUGUAGUUGAGCGUGUAGAUAAUAUCUUGUUGUAUUCUUUCUAACAUGUUUAGUGGAAGGCUAAUUGUGUUGCUCUGUGUGAGCAACUGCAUUUGAAAUAUUAGGCGGAGCAGUGUUCAAAUAGUUUUUAACCUGGAGUUGAUACACUUAGUAAUUAUCUGUGUUUGAGCAUUUUUCCCACAAGCAUUUUCUGAGCAGACCACCACUGCAGACUUGGUUAUUGUUGAUUUUGGGGGGGGUUUGAUAAUGUUGGAACAACGUAUGCAAAAUGGUUGCCCAGUUUUAUAUGUAAAAUAUAUUUAUGAUGGGAGGAAAUGUAUUAAGUAUAGUUUUAGACAUCUUUUUGAAGUGUCCAGCAGCCACAGAGUAAUGCAAGGUAUACACACUAUCUCUGCGUACUCAGUGUAUUAUAUUCUUGUCGAAGUGCCCUAAGGUGAAGUGUACUUUGCAACCAACAGCAAAAAUAGACCCUUUCCUUUGGGAAAUUGUAUUAAUGUAUUCCUGUGAGGUUUUAUUUGAGAGGUUUGUUGUUGAAUAUUACACAUGACAUGAGGUUACUGUAGCUAAUGAACAUUCAUUUAGUUGCCUGUGUCCAAAUGUCAUGGUUUCUGUAUUAAUUUAAGAAUGAUUUGGGAUAAAUUAAUAGCAUUUAUUUGAAUAUGACAGCUACACUGACAGAUUUUUUCACUAGAUUGUGACAGUGCCCUUUUGCCUGCCUGAAUGAAUGAUAGAAUGACAGUAUAAUAAUGUAUUGUAGUAAUAGGCAUAUUGUCAACUUGGCUUUUUCGUGUUCAGCGUAUAUGAUUUAUGACUUUCUUUGGCCUUUUUUGCGUUUAAAUGAGUAUGCAUUCACAUAGGAUGGACCCUGACAGCAGAACAAUCGUUAAAGCACCUUAAUAUGUCUUUUUUUUCUUUUUGUCUCAGUUUCGUUUUUUUUUUUCUCCACCACUCAUUCUAUCCACCACUGUCCCUGGAUUUGAAAACACGCUGUGUGUAACAGUGUUUUUGUAUGCCUUUUGUAUGAGAGCUGUAAAAUGGCAGACGUUCACUACUUUAUAAAGUCUUCUUUAUUUCUCACCCACCAUCUGUUUGGGUUGCCUUUCUUUCUACAGUUUCUCAGUUUUUUCCUACCUCGUUCUUCACCAGCUGUGAUCAAACCUUUUUAUGGAAAGAGAGAGGUCAAUCAACCACCCAGUUCUCACACUCUUGUCUUAAUUCUGUACUGUACAUCGUACUCAUCAACACCAUUAUCAUGAGACUGGGCUGUUUGAGUGUUGAGUCUGCUCUCUCAUGAACUGUCCAGGAGAAGGUUUGGUAACUGCCGGCUUUUCAUCUCACUCAUACACCAUAUCAUCGUUAAACAUCCCCUCAACACAGCUGACACAGUAAAAACAACAAAAUGCAAUUAUGCAAACUGUCAUGAAUAUAGUUAUUGUUAUUAGGAAAUGUUUUUUCAGGGGACAGUUAGAAGUGUUUGGAAAACUUACCGACAAGGUGUUAGGAAAAAUGAAUUGUACCAUUUUAACAAACUGUUUAUAGUCAGUCUUUGCUACCACAUUGGAGGUGUGGAGUGACAAUGUUAGACUACAGCUCUAGAAGAAAA